CUAACUUGUGUUGUCAAUUCUUUCUACUUGCAUCUAGAUCACAGUGUUUCGAAUGGGCUCUGAAGGGCAACAGGACAUUGAAAUGGCCAUACUUACUGCUCUGUUAAAAGGAACAAAUGCUUCAGCUGCAGACCAACUAAGCUUGGCUCUGGCCUGGAACAGAGUGGACAUUGCUCGCAAUCACAUCUUUGUUUAUGGACACAAUUUACCUCCUGCCGGAGCCAUGGCGAACACCACCACCUCUGGAGCUGCAGCUCAGGAGAAACCAAAGAGUCCUGCCAGCGCCCCCCGCAGCAAGGCCCGCCCUAAGAAGGGGAAAGGGAAAGGAAAGGCAAAACCUGAACCUCCAGAGGAGACAGAUCCAAGGAAGCUAGAGCUGAUACGCUGGGUGAAUUCACUGGAGCAGGCUAUGAUGGAUGCUCUAGUGCUGGACCGAGUGGACUUUGUCAAAUUGCUGCUGGAAAAUGGAGUCAACAUUCAUCACUUCCUCACGAUUCCUCGGCUGGAGGAGCUGUAUAACACUAAACUCGGUCCUGCAAACACACUGCAUGUUGUGGUUCGGGAUGUCAAAAAGGGUAACCUUCCUCCAGAUUACCAGAUCACUUUGAUAGACAUUGGUCUUGUGUUGGAAUACCUCAUGGGCGGAGCUUAUCGAAGCAAUUACACAAGGAAGGCCUUCCGAAACCUGUACAACACUCUAUAUGGACUGAAAAGGCCCAAAGCUUUAAAACUCCUAGGAAUGGAGGACGAUGAGCCAAGGACAAAAGGGAAGAAAAAGGCAAAAAAGAAGAAGGAGGAAGAGGUAGAAAUCGAUGUCGACGAUCCAGAGGUGUGUCGGUUCAAGUACCCCUUCCAUGAGCUCAUGUUGUGGGCGGUGCUGUUGAAGCGCCAAAAGAUGGCGCUGUUCCUCUGGCAGCGUGGGGAAGAGGCCAUGGCAAAGGCCCUGGUGGCUUGUAAACUGUAUAAAGGCAUGGCUCACGAGUGCUCUGAGAGUGAGCUGGUGGACGACAUUUCCCAAGACCUGGAAAACAACUCAAAAGAAUUUGGCCAGCUGGCAUACGAGCUGUUGGACCAGUCCUACAAGCACGAUGAGCAGGUGGCGAUGAAACUCCUAACAUAUGAGCUCGUGAACUGGAGCAACUCCACCUGUCUGAAGCUGGCAGUGGCUGCAAAGCAACGAGACUUCAUCGCUCACACCUGCAGCCAGAUGUUGCUCACUGACAUGUGGAUGGGCUGUUUGAGGAUUGGAAAAAGCCCCGGCCUAAAGGUCAUUUUGGGAAUCAUCUUUCCUCCCAUGAUUCUUCUGUUGGAUUUCCGGAUCGGAGAUGAUGCUUCCUAUCAAACACCUGGAGGCAAAUCUGAAGGAAAAGACAAAGAUGAAGACACGAAAUCCAGCAAGGAUCCAAACACAGAUGCUACUUCACGAAAGGGUGAUGAGGAAGAGGGGAGCACUAAAAUUCGAAAAGUCCCCAUUGGAAAAAGAAUCUUUGAGUUUUACGAUGCACCCUUCACCAAAUUCUGGUUCAACACUAUUUCCUAUUUGGGAUAUCUGAUGUUGUAUAACUACAUCAUCCUGGUGAAAAUGGAGCGAUGGCCAUCAAUACAAGAGUGGACUGUCAUAUCGUACAUACUUACUCUUGGAACGGAAAAAGUCAGACAGAUUCUGAUGUCAGAGCCAGGAAAGCUCAAACAGAAGAUAAGUGUGUGGCUGGAGGACUACUGGAACAUCACAGACCUGGUUGCCAUUUGUACUUUCCUUUUUGGGAUGAUGCUUCGCCUGCAGAAUGAACCAUACUUGGGAUAUGGCAGAGUCAUCUACUGUAUUGAUAUUAUCUUCUGGUAUAUUCGAGUUCUGGACAUCUUUGGAGUCAACAAGUAUCUGGGACCAUACGUGAUGAUGAUAGGGAAGAUGAUGAUUGACAUGAUGUACUUCGUGGUCAUCAUGCUGGUGGUGCUUAUGAGUUUUGGAGUGGCUCGGCAAGCCAUCCUCCACCCAGAUGAGGAGCCAACCUGGCGCCUGGCUAGAAACAUCUUCUACAUGCCCUACUGGAUGAUCUAUGGAGAGGUUUUUGCAGACUCGAUAGACCUCUAUGCAAUGGAGAUCAACCCUCCAUGUGGAGACCAGUUAUACGACGAAGAUGGGAAGAAACUUCCUCCGUGCAUUCCUGGCGCCUGGCUCACACCUGCUAUCAUGGCCUGCUACCUUCUUGUGGCCAACAUUCUUCUGGUUAACCUCCUCAUUGCAGUUUUUAACAACACGUUCUUUGAGGUCAAGUCCAUUUCCAACCAAGUGUGGAAGUUUCAACGAUAUCAGUUGAUCAUGACUUUCCAUGACCGUCCAAUUCUGCCUCCACCUCUCAUCAUCUUAAGCCACCUGUACAUCCUCUUCAGCAGGCUGUUCCGACGCUGCGUGAAGAAAAAACAGGAGGGAGAGCUGGAUGAAAAGGACAGAGGCUUAAAGCUCAGGCUGAAUCCAGAAGAGCUUAAGAGUCUGUAUGAGUUUGAAGAACAGUGUGUGGAAGAGUAUUUCCGGGAAAGAGACGAUGAGAAGCAGUCUUCGAGUGAUGAACGCAUCAAGGUUACAUCAGAGAGAGUUGAGAACAUGUCAAUGCGUCUGGAGGAGGUAAAUGAAAGGGAGAACACCAUGAAGGCCUCCCUGCAGACAGUGGACCUGCGUCUGGCCCAGCUGGAGGACAUCCACGGGCGCAUGGCCACUGCCCUAGAAAAGCUGGCAGGGUUGGACAAGCUGGAGCUGACCAGAACUUUUUCUCGAAACUCGUCUGUGUGUGAUCCCUCCUCUCUCCUCCGCCAAGGAAGCAUCAACAGCGCUGAUGGUUACAGUCUUUACCGCUUUCACAUGGACAUGGAGGAAUUUGCGUCCAAGCAGAAAGACACAGACGAGAAGAGUGGCCUAGAGAGACAGCGGAGUCUACGCCAAACCUCCAGUACCUGUGCUCUCAAUACCAACGAGAGUGGUCAGACGUUGGGGGUUGGUGGGCUGGACAGAUCAAGAGCUGGUUCAUGUGUGGACAUCCUCAUUUCGCCAUGUGAACAAAAACCCACCUCUGGGGCAUCAAGUCAAGAAACCUUAACCAACAUAAAGCAAGGCAGCACAAUGAUGUUAGACAGAAUAACAGACAAAAACAGACUAAAACCUUUAUCCCCUGCAAAAAGGGCAAAAUCACUGAAGCUUUACCCAGCUGAUGAUCAAUCCCCAUCUCCUCUGACAAAAAGACGGGCUAUGAGCACCAUCACGGUCAAUCCUCCUGACGAACCAGGGGAAGCUGCAGAGGUAACAGAGAUGACCACACUUCCAGAAGAAACUUCCUCCUCUCCAAGACGGGCAAAAUCUUUACGAUAUCUUCCAACAGAAGGCCAAAGUCAGAUAUCUCCAACCAUGAAAAAGAGGACAAUGAGCAGCAUCAUCUACAACCCUGAUGAGGAUACGGGUCAAGGGACCAGAGCAUCUACAGUCAGAACUCUGACUCAACAGUUUCAAGCACCAGCGGAGCCAAAGAAUCUCCAUCAGGUGGACAAAACUCUACAAGAACCAGAGGAAGAUCCGAAAAGAACAAAGGCCAAAAGGAACCUCUCAGACGGCACAGACUAUCUGACCGUAGCUGACGAAACGUAUUUACGGUCUCACAGGUCGCAGAGUUGCAACGCUAGCGACAGGAAGGCAAAACCCUUGGUGGUCCCCAAGGGGCCAAGACCUUCUAGCAGUGAGCACGACAUUGCCAGCAAGGGGUUGCCUGCUGGAGGAGGGGGUGAUGGUGCAAAAACGAAAGCAGGAAGACAGAAGAAGAAAUAUGUGAAGAGAAGUGAGAGAAACCAACAAAAGCAGGAAGUGAAACUUCAAGCCAGUCGUCAAGAUAAAGUUGGAUUUUCCUGAAGCACAAUGUUCUUUUAGCAGGUCAACGACAUUUUCAAUCUACAAUAGUUCAAGUCAACACGCUCAUAGUGAUCCACCUUCUUUUACUUGUGCUACUUUUCAUCAUCAGUGUAACAUACAGGGACUUGCACAAAACAAUCACAACACAGCUUUUUUUCCAGCAGCUGCUUUCCCAUUGCGGAUGUCUGAACAGUUUUGAACAAAAUCAAAACAAAAACAUGUAUAAACAUUGUUAACAGCAAAAAAACUUCAUCAUUCUGUAUAUGAUAAGAGAUGUUCUAAUACUGGAAUCUGUCACUCUUCAGGAACUGUGCUUCAUCGUAACCCCUGUCCGAACUCCCCCCACCUUUAAUCUCACAUGCAAAUAUGUUACAGUACGCACUUUGUUCAUUUUCAUUUUUAAAACAGGGGCAUGUGUAAAUACAGAUUUUACUGCAAAAGGAUGAAUAAAGCAUGAGAAAACA